AUAACACACCGUUUAUAGCAUUAGAUGUGAGUACACGCAGUGACAAUGUUAACAUGGAUAUGUUCCUUGUAAGAUUGCUAAAUUUUAGCUGAGAAUAUUAUCAACACAUCCCUAAUUGGAAAUAUUUCGCAAGUUCAGAGUGAGGAUAUUAAGCAUCUUGAUUUAGUAUGAAUACUCCAGCCUCGUUAUAAAGGACAUAAGAGAUAGUAGAUGUGAAUUUUGUCAUCGGUGGAGAAUCGUGCUACUCAGAGUGUCGAGUUGUCGGGGUUCGCAACCGAACGCACUUGGAAACCAGAGACAAAAACAUUAACACACCGAUACUCAUACCACAGACUGGCCAGGAUAUUAUUUUUUGAAAAUGCUGAGAAACGGUCUCUCCACACUGAGGAGGGAUAGAACAAACGCGCACAGAAUCAUUCCAUUAUGCGCAAUCCUUUGCGCAUGCGCAAUAUUACUCCUCAUCCGCAGCGGGAAGGUACCGUCAUUGUUGACGAUCGGUAAACGCGCUACCGCGUCGGAAAGUAUUUUGCGGGAUGCGCGCAGUAAACGAUACUUUUACAACCGCACCGCGAUACGCUUCAAGAAAACAUCGGAGGUGCGGCAAUGCUACCAUCUCUCGCGUUCUAUGAGAAACCAACUCCUGGACGUUGAAAGUCGAGACGACAUCGGAUGCAAGCAACGGGUACCUGACGUCAUCGUAGUUGGCGCGAAGGAAGGCGGAGAAGAGAGUCUACGUUUUUUCCUCGAUAGACAUCCUUCUGUAAUGUUCCAUUCGACGGACACAAUCCGUUACUUCGACAGACCAACUUUCCGCCGAGCUAAAGGAAUGUCAUGGUACAUGGAGAAAAUGCCAUACACGUCCCCCGAUCAGGUCACCGUCGAAAUGGGCUCGGACUACUUCGCUAGCAGCACCGCACCCGACGGCAUCCGAAAUGACAUUGUGCCAAAGCCGAAGUUGAUCGUCAUAAUUCGGGAUCCAGUGAAGCGCGCACUGUUGGAAUACCACUCUGCCCAUUCUGUUAAUACAGGGGAAGUUAAAAACAAAGGGUGGGUGAAAAGCACAAAACAGUAUCCUUAUCUUGAUAGUCUACAUCAAAUCGACGAGUCCUUCACAAAGACCGUCAUCAGCGAUGGGGGCGACAUUCAUACUUGGAACGGCGUCGUCAACGUCGGCAUGUACGUGAUUCAUCUUCGGAGGUGGUUUGAAUGGUUCGGUCGUUCGCAGAUAAUGACGGUCGAUGGCGAUCGGUUGGAAACCGAUCCGAUACCGGUACUCCAGGCUGUCGAAGACUUCAUCGGUGUGCCGCGCUUCUUCGAAGACUCUGCAGUUGCAUUCGACAAGCGUUCUAAGUCAUAUUGUUUGGCAAGACCCUUUAGCCUGUGCCCUCCGCCGAAACCAUCAUACCCUUCGCCUGAUCAGAACACGGUUAACGCAUUGCGAUCUUUCUAUCACCGGUACGACCGCCAGUUAUACCAGAUGUUGGGUAGGAACUUUACUUGGUUUAAAGACUCGUUAUUCGUCAACAAAACCGCGUUCUCUCUCUCCGAGGUACAGCAGACAGCGGAGGAGGAAGAUCCUAUACAAGAAUCGUCAGACCAGCUGGUUGAAGACGAGAAUCAAUGAUUAUAUUAUAGUUGAUUUUUAUAAGACAUAGGGCUGUCAGGCAUGUCAGUUGAAGACAAUGGGUGAUUUCAAGUUCAGCGUUGACCUUUUGGUGUUGGUGUUAGGUCAAACAUAAAAUGAAGAUGAAGAUGGCCGAUCCAAAAAGUCACUCACUGGUUGUUGAGAUGUCAAUAAUCUGAAUCAGUUUUGGAGCUAGGGUAAGCAAUCCAGAUUUCAAGUCCAACACCAAGGCCAACACCGGACUUGAAAUCGCCCAGUCAUGAAUUUACUAAACUUUUGAUAACGAUAUAGGCCUACAUGCAGGCAUACGAACUCAUAAAGUAAUGGUCGCUGGAAUCUAAACCAAACAAAAACAUAUUUUAAAGGACUAGAACCAGAGACAUGUUGGUAAAACGUACUGACAGACAGAUAUAAGCUACAGGACUGUUAUAAUCACUAUUGGUCAAUCAUAAUUUGCCACAUAGAGUAAGGUCAAUUUGUUGUAAAGAAGAAAACAAACAGCACACUUAGCAUUGCCACGCUAUGAACACUUCGUACAGGUGCAGUUUUGCAACUUCCUAGUAUGAAAUAUGUUAAGAAGCUGCACCUCCAUGGUAAAGGUACUCCAAUACAGGACAGUUCAUAUUUAAUUGGACCUGGCAAUGGAUUUCAAAGUUCAGAAAGGUACAGACAUUGAUAAUUGCACCUAUCAAGGUAUUCCAAAGUCCAGAUAGGUACAGACUUUAAUAAUUGCACCUAUUAAGGUAUUUAAAGUUCAGAAAGGUACAAAUUUGCACCUAUCAAGGUUUUCCAAACUCCAGAAUCAUAUUGUACAAAUUUGCACCUAUCAAGGUAUUCCAAAGUCCAGAAAGGUACAAAUUUGCACCUAUCACGGUAGUCCAAAGUACAGAAAGGUACAGACUUGCACCUAUCAAGGUAUUAAAAAGUCCAGAUAGGUACACAUUUGCACCUAUCAACGUAUUCAAAGUUCAGAAAGGUAAAAGAGCGCCUCCCCCAUCGGUCUGGUCUCUCCCAAAAUCCAUUUACUGGGGAGCUGGACACCAUCGUUGCUGAUUGGGGAAUUAAAUUUGCACAUAUCAAGGAAUUCCAAAGUCCAGAAAGAUACAAAUAUCCACCUAUCAUGGUAUUCCAAAGUCCAAAAGGUACAAAUUUGCACCUAUCAUGGUAGUCCAAAAUCCAGAAAGGUACAGACUUGCACCUAUCAAGGUAUUCAAAGUUCAGAAAGGUACAAACUUGCAACUUUCAAGGUACUCCGAGUCCAGAUAGGUGCAAUUAAAGUUGCUCCUAUCAUGGUCCGGAAGAGUAGCAAGUUAUCAAGGUGUUCGAAUUAGACCAGGAGGGUACUAUUUAAAGUGUAUAUAUUACGCAAUCCAAUACCAGAAAAGUGUCAAGCUGCACCUAUUUAAGGGUACUCCAAGACCGUGAAGAAUACAAAGUUGCACCCAGUCUGACUUUGUGUGUUUAGCUCUUUUAUUAAUUCGUGCAGGCUUAUCUACGAUUAUUAUAAAAAAAAAAAACUUUUCCCCCAUCCAGUUUUCUGUAUCCAAAAUUAAAGUUGAAUUUAUAUCAUUGCCAUAAACUUAGAUCAGUCUUCUGACUCUUUAUAACUGACAACUUAUGUCAUCGGGACCUGCGGUUAUUAUGGAAGAUUGCUUUUAUACAUGUGUAGGUAGUUCUCAUCGUAUUUUUCUGACUCAAAUGUUUUUGACUAAUUUAUGCUUGACCGAUUUUCUCAAUGAUAUAUUUGUAAUUUCAUAUUAUGCAUCAUUAUUUUGUUUAUAUGAAACAAAUAUAUGUGAAGCAAUAUCGAGAAAUAUGAUAAAAAUGCAACAAAUGAAACUGCUGCGCCUUGGACAACAUUUUUUAAAAACUUUUUAGUACUGUAUAUAGGUUAUAUUUCAAAGACAGUCGCUCCAUCUGCACUAUUGGCAAAAAUUACUAAAAUGUAUUUUUUCAAAAUGGAGUUGUUACUGAUUUUAAAUUAUGCACUCAUGAAUAUUCAUUACAUCAGUAAAUGACCAAAAUUAUAGGUAAUGUACCUUUAACAAUUAACGUAUUUGUUUAUUCAAUAUUUCCACCUUGAAAAGUUUCAUAAAAGUAUGUGGUUCGAUUACCAUAUCAUUUCAAUCAAAACAUAUUCUAUAAGUGCAAUUUUAAAUUGAUAUUAACCGUAGCCCGCCAAGUGAAGUAAAAUCACGUCAUUAAUUGAUAGGACUCAGUGGAUAGGUGAAGGAUGUUAGGAUUGGGAGGACAGGAUAAGAUGAUCAUCCUAUAGGAUGAUAUAGGCCCGGGGGGCACUUACAUUGACGAGUGGAUACCACGCGCGAGCAAAAAAACACGUAAAAAGGAUGUCGUUUUCACAAU